AUGAGAUAUAUCUUUAAAGGAUUUUUACCUUUAUGGAACAAUUUAUUUAUAAGUGUGACUUUUUUAAUCGUAUUAAUAAAUAUUCACUAUACACAAUCUAAAAUUCUUCAACCAACAUAUGCUUUAAAUGAAGAUGAUUUUAAAAAUGCUGAAAAACUUACUAAAGAUGAAUUAGAAUCAUCUCCUAUAACAAUUGAAGCCAUUAACAAUUAUAAACCAGAUAUACGAGGACCUAUAGCAUCAUCAAGACGUCGUAGACGUAAUGGUGUAUCACGUCUUACAAAAUUAUGGCCAAAUGCUAUAAUUCCAUAUGCUAUAUCACCACAUUAUACAUCUCAUGAAAGAGCACUUUUAGCACGAGCUGUUAAACAAUAUCAUGAAAAAACAUGUAUACGUUUCAUUCCAAGAAGUCCUGGACAAACUGAUUAUCUAUUUAUAGGAAAAGUUGAUGGUUGUUUUAGUGAAGUUGGUAGAACAUCAGGAGUUCAAGUACUUUCACUUGAUAAUGGUUGUAUGGAAUAUCCUACUAUUAUUCAUGAAAUGAUGCAUGUUGUUGGAUUUUAUCAUGAACAUGAACGAUGGGAUCGUGAUUCAUAUAUUGAUAUUAUCUGGCAAAAUAUUGAUCGUGGAGCAUUAGAUCAAUUUGGUAAGGUAGAUUUAACAAAAACAAGUUAUUAUGGUCAGGAUUAUGAUUAUAAAAGUAUUCUUCAUUAUGAUUCAUUAGCAUUUAGUAAAAAUGGUCUUCCAACAAUGUUACCAAAAAUUACAUCAAUGGCAACAACAAUAGGUAAUGCUAAAGAUUUUAGUGAAGUUGAUUUAAAAAAAAUAAAUAGAAUGUAUAAAUGUAAAGAUUAUAUUGAUAUGGAAAUAAAAAAACGUCCAACUAGUAAUGAAAUUCUUACACAUGCAAAAGCUUUAGCAGUUCCUAUAUAUAAUUCACCAUAUAAUAAUAUUCCUAUACAACCAACAUUUACAUAUACAAAAAAUCCUUAUCAAUCAAAAGAUGAAGAAUUUAAUAAUAAUAAUAGUAAUAACAAACAACAAAAUAAUAGAAUAAAUAAUUCAAAUUCUUAUGUUCCUCAUGCUAACAAUCCAUAUAAACCAAAUUAUGAAUCAUCAGGUCAGUCUACUGCUUAUGAUCCUUUUACUGAAUUAGGAGAAUCAUACUCAUCAAUUAUAAUUAAAGAUUCAGAAAAUUAUUGUGUUGAUAGAAUUACAGUUUGUUGGUGGACAAAAUCUAGAUGCCAUCUGGGAAAUGUUAAAACAAUGAUGCGUACACUGUGUGCCAAAACCUGUGGUUUUUGUUAA